UGGCGUCCCUGGUGUUCAUGUCUUCUUACGGCGGCAUCCUCACCGCCAUGCUCACCGUGCCGCGGGUCACCAUCCCCAUUGACUCCCUCGCAGACCUGGUGGCGCAGAACGACCUGCCCUGGAGGCUGGAGGCGGGGUCGAUGACGCCUCGGUUUUUGAUGGAAUCCGGGGAACCAGUGCGGCAGCGGGUGGUGACGGGGGCGUCUGGCACCUUCCCGGACUGCUGGUCGGCGCGGCAGUCCAUCGUUGACGGGGAGUUCGUGGCGAUCUGCGAUGAGACUACCAUGAAGAAAGCCAUGGCGUGGGAUUUCAGCACCACCGGGGAGUGCCACCUUUACAUCGCAAAGGAAAAAGUUUACUCCAGCGCCUGGAUGGCCGUCGCCUUCAAGAGGAACUCCUCAUUCCUUGCACGGGCAAACGGCAUAAUCCGGGUUCUGAAGGAGGCGGGUCUGGUGGACCACUGGCUGGGACAGGAGAUCGUCAGCACCCCGCAGUGCCUCAGGUCCCCCACGCUGGACCGCCAGGAGGGUGUUGCGCCCCUCAACCUGGAGACUCUGCUCGGUCCGCUGCUGGUGCUGGCGGCAGGUCUGAGCUUCGCUACACUCGCCUUUGUGGGCGAACUGCUGAUGACAGGCCGGUCCUGACGACGUGAUCUCUCGAUUCCGACCUCCGAUGACCACCAUCAAACAACGCUGCUGAAUUGAAGACUGUUAUGUACCAAUAUAAAUUUACCACAACUUUUCAAGCACUGCAGGAGUGCAAUUCAGAUAUUUUUGAAAUCACGCUCUCCAGAGAUACACAGUAUAGUUUCAUACUACCACGGUACUGCAGAUAUGAAGACUGAAAUUUUCAGUAAAAAUGUAAUUCUACUUUAACAUGUUUAUUAAGUAAAAAUGUAAUUCAUUACGUCCAGAAACCACUUUAUGCAAUUACAGAUUCUCUUUCACAUUCGAAUAAUCAUUCAUUUGUUGAUGUACUACUUUAUGAAU